AUGAGCGGCAGAGGAAAGGGAGGCAAAGGACUCGGUAAAGGAGGCGCUAAGCGCCACCGCAAAGUGCUCCGUGAUAACAUCCAGGGCAUCACUAAACCCGCCAUCCGCCGCCUGGCCCGCCGUGGCGGAGUCAAGCGUAUCUCCGGCCUCAUCUACGAGGAGACCCGCGGGGUGCUCAAGGUCUUCCUGGAGAACGUCAUCCGGGACGCCGUCACCUACACCGAGCACGCCAAGAGGAAGACCGUGACCGCCAUGGACGUGGUGUACGCGCUCAAGAGGCAGGGCCGCACUCUAGAGGAGAGGCCUUCCCGCCUCUCCGGCUCAGCCAAUCACAGCCAGGGACUAACGGUCUUCCCACCUCUCCAGCUCAGCCAAUCACAGCCAGGUUACAGCGCAGCCAUAUUUCCAUCCGGUCUGUAUAAAAACAGUCUCUGCGCUGUUGGCAUCUCAUUCGUAGCUGUACAGUUCCGGAUAACAAACAUGCCUGAACCCGCCAAGUCUGCGCCCAAGAAGGGCUCCAAGAAAGCCGUGACCAAGACCGCCGGCAAAGGAGGCAAGAAGAAGAGAAAGACCAGGAAGGAGAGCUACGCCAUCUACGUGUACAAGGUGCUGAAGCAGGUCCACCCCGACACCGGUAUCUCCUCCAAGGCCAUGAGCAUCAUGAACUCCUUCGUCAACGACAUCUUUGAGCGCAUCGCCGCGGAGGCUUCCCGCCUGGCUCACUACAACAAGCGCUCCACCAUCACCUCCAGGGAGAUCCAGACCGCCGUGCGCCUCCUGCUGCCCGGAGAACUGGCCAAGCACGCCGUGUCCGAGGGCACUAAGGCCUGUCAGACUCAGGAGCGCUUCAGCAAAGAGUACAUCGAGAAGUUUCGCCGGGAGGGCAACGACAAGGAGAUCCAGAGGCCAAGUCCAGAGUCCAGACUCACUCCAAACAGAGUCCAGACUGACUCCAGACCCGAGUCCAGACUGAGUCCGGACUGGUUGGUCCGGCCUAAGAUGGAGGAUCAGGUUGUGUGCGGGGGUCUGAGGUGUCCGUCUCCUGGCAGGAUCAUGGAGAACUACGACAAGCUGAAGUCCCGGAUCAGCGAGAUCGUGGACAGCAAGCGGCACCUGGAGGAGGACCUCCCGCACCACGACGAGCGCCUGUGGCGUCUGGGGAACAUCAACCGCCUGCAGGCCGAGGCGCUGCUGCGCGGGAAGAGGGACGGGACCUUCCUGGUCCGGGACAGCAGCAAGGUGGACGGGGAGGUGAAGCACUGUGUGAUCAACAAGACCAGUUCUGGGUUCGGCUUUGCGGAGCCCUACAACCUGUACGGCUCCCUGAAGGAGCUGGUGCUCCACUACCAGCACGCCUCGCUGGUGCAGCACAACGACUCGCUCAACGUCACGCUGGCCUUCCCCGUCUACAGCCAGCAGCGCCGCUAG